GCCAGUCAAGCUCAGCCCCCAAAAAGGCUGACGUCUAUGUAUUUUGCAUUGACUUAGGCCCCCCGAGGAGACCAAUCCCGACUGAUGCACUGCCAGGCUAUACCCACAGACUCUCCCGGAAGGUACUUUGCGGUGGGACUCACUAAAACCGAAUAGAAUCCGACAUGGUCAACCAAUGAUCGCAAGCUCCUUGGAGUGGAAAAGACAUUCUUGGAGACGAAAGGCUAAAAAUGGUUCUUUAUUCAUUUUCGAGCAAUAGAAUAUCUUCUUUGGCCCCAAAUCGCGGAGACAUUGUCGGACACUUUCUUCAGCUUGGCACCAUUCUCACUCUUUCCUAUGAGUACCUAGUACUCUAUCAAUGAUACAUGAAAAGAUAUAAAUAUCGGCUCCUACUCAAGCAUUUCAUUGCAAUCCAAUUCAGCAUUUAAAUCUCUUCAAAAGCCGAACAAGUCCGUGAUCCAAUCUUCUUGUUGGAUAUAUAUGUCACUUCAUCGACUACGCGCACUUUCCCAAUCAUUCAGACCCAUCAUGGCCUCCCAAUCCACCUUAGAAUCACACGCGAAGGACUGGGAGAAGUUCUUCAAAGAUGACAAGUUUGUCAAGCAGUACAAGACUGGCGAGCAUGUAACUGGCCAAUUUGCCAAAUCCCUCAUCGACCAAAGUGGCUUGGUCGCGAACUCCAAGGCCAACCCUGACUUGCCUCUGGUGGUGCUUGAUAGUGCCUGUGGCACUGGGAUUGUCUCGAGUAUCCUGCAGCACGAACUAGAGGAUCACGUCAAGAGUCGCUUGAAAUUAAUCUGUGGAGACAUUUCGCAGGGCAUGUUGGACUAUGUUAACCAUCGUGUUGGCAAGGAAAAUUGGCAGAACGUUGAAGUCAAGACUGUUGAUGUGCAAGACUCGGGGCUUCCCAGCUCAUACUUUACGCAUGUCAUCGCUUCCUUUGUUUUCAUGGCACUCCCUAAGUCACUGGAUGCUCUUGACGAUUGCACUCGAAUUUUGCAACCAGGAGGUACCAUUGCUUUCGCAACAUGGAUAGAGCCUGGCUGGGUCUCUGUCACGAAAAAGGCCAUCGAGACCAUUCCAGGGAACUUACCUUUCCCCACCCCGCAGGAAUUCAUCGAGUCCUUGAAUACUGGCAAAUGGAACUCCGUAUCUUGGAUUGAAACUCAAUUGAAGGAGCGCGGCUUCGAAGAUAUCAACGUGCGCCCCGUCACCAAGUCCAUCUCUAUCAUGGUCCCAGAAUUCGUGGAAAUGAACACGUUGAUGCUUUCCAUGGUGUCCAAGGUAUUCUGGACAGAGAAACAGCGCGAGGAAGACACGGACAAGGUCCGCCCAGCGCUGGAGCGGUACCUGGAGACCACUUAUGGAAAGGAAGGAGAUAUUCUGAUGGAGUGGACGGCUAUCAUCUCUACGGCUCGCAAGCCAAAUUAGCAUAUGAUCACCACCAGGGCCGCGCUGGAUGUAUAGCUUCCAAAUUGUGCGUUGAAAUUCAAGACAACUUAUGGUCACUGCUCCAC